AUGGAAUCUGCCCCUGAUGUGGGAAAUGAAAUAUACUCUGAACUUAAUAAGCUCCGAGGUAUGGUUAGGAAGCAACCGGGGAAAAAAUAUGUUGAUAUACCCCGCAUGACUUCUAACUAUUAUCUGUAUCCAGCUCCUCAAGAUGUUCUGAUAGAGGAAAUAGAUUGGAAUCAGACUAAUACGUCGUAUAACGGAGAUGCAAUUUAUGAAUGGAACUUGGAUGACUUAUCUGAAAGACAAUUAUCCGUCCUUGUUCAUCGAAUAUUAAUGUAUUCUACGAUAGCUAAAGCUACUGCAUCUAUCAAGAAUUCUAGGAAUUCCACCAAAGGUGUUGAUAACCUAGGAAGAGCAUUACCAGCGAAUAUAGAAGAUGCUGUUAAUACUCUUAUGCUUACUAUUAUUGAACAUUUUGGAAGUAGAUUUACCAAUCAAUAUGAAAAUACUCGAACUCUAUUGAAUGCUCUAAAAGAUAAGUCUUUAGGUCUUGCUGAUGAGUUUCAUGAUCAAGUAUAUGGUUUGUUAUACACUUCUAGUUCCGAGUCUGAUUAUAAUUGUGAUUCUGAAUCUGAAAAUGAUGUUGAAUUGCCUGAAUCAUCUAACAGUGAUCAUGCUAAUAUUUGUACUGAUUACAAUGGUGAUACUUUUUUCGAUGAAAAACUUCGUGAAAAAAUUCUUAAUUUUUCUACCAAAAAAUUUGCUGAUAGCGCCCCUGGUACUUCUAAAACUGCUGAUAGCAUUCAUGCUACUCGAAGUGCUGAUAAUGAUUAUUAUAUGCCUUAUUCGUUAACUGAGGACCGCAACCAGCAUAUUGUAACUCUUCCUUAUGAAAAUGAUUUCUGCGAGGAUAAGAUCCCAACAAAAUCUAGACCCUAUCAGAUGAAUGUAGAGUUAGUUGAAUUCUACAAAAAGGAGAUUGAUAAUCUCUUACAAAAGGGCUUGAUAAAACAUUAUAAAUCACCUUGGUCUUGCAUUGCAUCUUAUGUGAAUAAUACUGCUGAAAAAGAACAAGGUAUGCUGAGAUGUGGUAACCUAGGACAUAUUUCUCCUAAUUGCAAGCUCCAAAAGGUUAAGUCUUUAGGUCUUGCUAAUGAGGUUCAUGAUCAGGUAUAUGGUUUAUUAUACACUUCUGGUUUAGAGUCUGAUUAUAAUUGUGAUUCUGAAUCUAAAAAUGAUGUUGAAUUUCCUGAAUCAUCUGACUGUGAUCAUACUAAUAUUUGUGCUGAUUGCAAUGGUGAUACUUGUGUUUGUGAAGAAGCUUUUUAUAAAUUACAAUCACAGUUUGAAGAUUUAGAUUUGAAUGUUCAAAAUAUCACUACUGAUAGUGUUCUUGAGUUUUUAAAAGAAGUCUCCAAUGAAAAACUUCAUGAAAAAAUUAUUAAUUUUGCUAAUAAAAAUUCAGCUGAUAGAGCCCCUGGUACUUCUAAUACUGCUGAUAGCAUUCAUGUUACUCGAAGUGCUGAUAAUGAUUAUUAUAUGCCUUAUUCAUUAGUUGAGUUUAAUAGACGUCUUGCUAUAUGUCAAUUACCCAACAAAGAAGGUCCUUGGACUGAUAGUCAUGAAAACUUUGUUAAACGCAUUAAGAAACGUGUCAAAACUUUGUGUUACUUAAUGUUAGAUAAUCCGGCUUGGCAAAAAAUUAUUGAAACUGAUGCCUCUAAUAUUGGGUUUGGUGGAAUCCUUUUUCUUCAUUAUCAGGGGCUUAAGAGUCACUGCUCAAGGUCACCACAAGGAGACCUAUAA